CUGUGCACCAAGAAGGACGCGAAAAAGCGUAACAAUAUAGAUGGACAGUGACGACGAUAGAGAUGAAGAGUAUCAGUCGCCUUCCACGACGCGGUACCAAGAGUCGCAAGAUCCACGAUCACCUGUCGAUAUAGAUGGAGAUGCAGAAAUGGAAGACGCAGAAGGCGAGGAAGACAUGGAUGAAGAAGCCGAUGCGGAGGGAGAGCCAGAAGACGACGACGAAGACGCGGAUGGCGAGCCUGAUGACGACGAAAACGACAACGACAACGACGCGGACAACGACGCGGACAACGACGCGGACAACGACGCGGACAACGACAACGACAACGACAACGACAACGACAACGAAGAAACCACAGCCCCUUCUCCCCGCCCGCAAACCUCCCACCGCAUCCAAGGCCCAGACCCCCGCGCAACAACCUGUACCACUUACGAAAUAACACCCUACAUGGCCGCCCCACACGCGACAUCCGUAAACGUCAUGGCAGCAACACCCUGUAUGCGCUGGCUAUUCACGGGUGGCUCGGACGGAUACGUGAGGAAGUUUGACUUUUUCGGCAGUAUGAACGGGAAGCUACCGUUGACUGUUGCGCAGAGGCAUCCGUUUGUUGAUACGGUUACGAGGGCGGGGAUUUUAGUGUCGUAUUGGGAGAAUGAUAUGUCUGGUGUACCAACAGCGCCGUCAAAUCAGCCUUUGAGUCCGGUUUACUCACUCGCGGUUCAUUCACAAGCUAUCUGGGCCUUGACUGGUCUCCAAUCAGGCCACAUCAACCUCCAAACCGUGCGUCACGAGGAAGGUCGGACAAUCCACUUGCUACAACGACACACCACGCCCGUCUCCGUCCUUCGGCUAGGUCAAGACGAGACGUCGGUUUUGUCAGGUGGAUGGGACAAGAAUAUCUACGACUGGGACCUGAAUACCGGCAAUGUUCUACGGACUUUUGACGGGUGUACGGGACAAGUCUCGACAAUCGCAUUCAGGCCUGAGGGCGGCGUACCCAUUCCUGUGGGCAACUCGCCACCCACGAAAACACCAUUAACGCGUAGGGACUCGGGCAAGAAGUCGGUUGGACCUGGGUCACCAGACUCGCUGUUCGACGACGUAGACGACGACGUAGACGACGACGCAGAAGGCGAAGCAGAAGACGUCGACGCCCUCGAAAAAGAACUCGAAGCCCAACUCGAAGACUUCGACGCCUCCCCCAAAGGCGAACCCGACUCAUCCGAAACCAACCCACCCCCUGACUCACCAACCCUAGUAUCCCAAUCAACCUUCCUCGCCUCCUCCUACGACGGAAACGUUACGAUCCACGACCGGCGUUCACCUACCCCCAUCACAAAACUCGGACUAGCACGUGGUGUGCCGCCAUGGUGUAUGACAGCAACGUGGUCUAUCGACGGAAACUCCAUCUUCGUCGGUCGACGUAAUCAAUCCGUGGAAGAAUACUCUCUGCACUCGUCCCCCUCGCAACCCAUCCGCACCAUCCGACUCCCAGCCAACUCAGGCGCGGUAUCAGCGGUCUAUGCCAUGCCGAACGCCCGCCAUCUCGUCUGCGCAUCCAACGACAAUAUCAGGCUGUACGAUCUGAAGGCGGAGGAGGUGAAGGAGAAGGAUAGAGGUGGCGCUCCACCGUUUUGGAUCGUGCCGGGACAUCAUGGAGGGGUUGUUAGUGGGAUUAUGCUGGAUCCUACGUGUAGAUUUUUAUUGACGACGGGGGGCAAUAGAGGGUGGGAGGGCACCAGUACAGAUGUUUUGAUGUGUUCGGAGAUUGAGUAUAGGGAUUAAUCUAGACGCCAUUGCCAAAAAGACUCUCGUCUCAUUUCUCCC